AUGCCUUCAACACGAGUCGCUAUAAUUGGGGCCGGCCCAGUCGGCCUCAUGCUCGCACGCUUGCUCCAUAACCAACCCGGAAUCGAUGUUACGGUGUUUGAGUCAGACGAUUCACGACAUGCUAGAAGGCAAGGUGGGACGUUGGACCUACACCCAGACACUGGCAUAGCAGCUUUGAAGGCCGGCGGCCUGUACGAGGAAUUCCUGCAACGCGCCCGUUUCGAUGGAGAAGCACUGAAGGUGUGCGACAAAAAGCUCACCAUCUAUAUCAGCACGAGCGGGACGUCAGAGACCUUCGCUCGUGGUCGGCCAGAGAUUGACCGAUCCUCUUUACGUGAGAUGCUUCUCAACUCGAUUCCCGAAGAGAUCAUCCGCUGGGGCUGCCGUCUGAAGUCAGUAGAUGAGAAGCACCGCCUCAUCUUUGACCAGGGCAUUGAGACUGGGUUUGACCUGAUUGUCGGUGCAGAUGGGGCUUGGAGCAAGGUCCGCAGGUUGCUAUCAGACCAACAACCCCAGUAUGCAGGGUUGACCGGCUUUUCCUGGACAAUACACAAUGCGGAGAAAACAGCCCCAGAUUGUUAUGCUCUCACAAAUCGUGGAUCACUAUACGCCUAUUCAGACAACAAAACUAUCAUGGGCCAAUAUAUUGGCGAUGGUAGUAUCAACAUCUACAACUGGAGCGUCCAGCCCGAAGACUGGAAUGAGAAAGCCAAGCAUGACACCAACAACGUGGAAGAACUCAAAGCUACAGUGCUGAAAGAAUACGAAACAUGGCAUCCCAAGUUACGUGAUUACCUGCACCACGCCGAGGAUCCAGUAUUGCGGCCUUUAUACAAUCUUCCUGUGGGUUGGAAAUGGGAGCAUCAAUCUGGAGUUACGUUGGUCGGCGACGCUGCACAUGUGAUGACCCCGUAUGCUGGGGAGGGGGUUAAUCUUGGUUUUGAAGAUGCCUUAAAGUUGUCUCAAGCAAUUAAAAAGGCAUAUUUGCCCCGCGCAAAUGAGCAUACCGCUCUCGAUGCCUGUGUGCAAGAUUAUGAGAACGACAUACCGGCGCCAACUGAACCAGUCAAAUUGUUCCCCAACAACCUGCACAGCAUGCUGCAGAAAAGAUCCUGUCAACCGUGUUAUCGGCGCAAGGUCAAGUGCGAUAAGAAGGUUCCCUGCUCAACAUGUCGCGACCAGAAUCAAAUCUGCGAGUAUCCACAGGAGCCCAUCCGGCGCCGAAGAAACCGCCAGCUACCAUCAAGAGCGCUGCACGAGGCGGAGAAAAGUAACCAGGCAGUAAAACGAGACGACAAUAGCUCUGCAAGUUAUGGCCGAAAAAACGCCAAAUUAAUUGCCAAUGGAGACGGCCAGUCACGUCUGGUUUUAAGCGACUUCUGGGCUAACCUUGAAGAUGAGGAUGAUCUCAGACAAACAAUACUGGAUGAGUCACGUUCAGAAAAUUCUCAAAGGCUUCCUUUCUUUUUGAAUCCAAUUUUCCAACACUCGAAACAAGGAGACAGUGUCGAUGUGGCCAUAGAUCCUUGGACAUGGUCCUCAGACCACAUCAAAAAAUGCUGGGAGCUAUUCAAAGAAAACGUAGACCCAGUCGUCAGAGUUAUUCACAAACCAAGCAUGGAGAGGCUUGUACAGGACGCAGCUAUAAACGGGAUAUCAGGGUUGAAGCCAGAACCUGCCUCCUUGAUAGUCGCCGUUUGCUAUGCAGCAGUGAUCACACUGCAUCCGUCUAAUUCAUCACAGCAUUUCACAGAAGACAUUCAUUUCCUUCAUCACCGGCAUCAGUAUGCUAUUGACCUAGCUAUGGCCCGCGCGAACUGGUUUCGCAGCAACCACAUCCAGGUUAUGCAGGCUCUUGUUAUAGUGCUAAGCUGCAUGCCACGUGAGGAUGAUCGCUCGUUAUGGAUGUAUACUGGUCUGGUUCUGCGGAUGGCUACAUGUCUCGGACUUCACUGUGGUACUACGGCAGAGUCGAAAAUUAAGCCAUUUCAGGCUGACAUGCGAGCACGACUGUGGUGGCAAAUAUGUUUGGUAGACGUACGGAUCUCGGAAGACUAUGGCGCAGAGUCCAGUGCCCUACGAAUCAGAUCGGACUGCCCAUGUCCUCUUAAUCUCAACGACACUGAUUGGGAUAUUUCUUCAGAUGUUCCACCAGUUCCACAUGAAGGCUUUACAGAAAUGACAUACAGCCUUCUUCGGUUCGAGGCAUGUAAAAUUGAUUUUGAAUCACAGUCCUACCUAAACGACAACGAAGUUUUUAACGAAAAAAUCGAUGAAAAAGCAAGCGUACUUACAAACGUUAUAUAUUCGAAGUACCUUCGUUUUAUUGAAGCAGACUCCAUAUCGCCGAUUGAAAUGACCAUAUUGCGGUCGGGCAGUGUUUACAACGUCAAACUGCGACUGAAGAUGUAUUUCCCUUGCUUCCGUGAUUCGGAGCUGGAGUUGGCCAAGCACUAUGAACUUUUCCUUGCUUCUGUUGAUCUCUUGGAAAAGUAUAACAUGUCUUUCUCUGAAGAGGUCGUGAACUUUGCGUGGAUGGCACAACAGUAUACACAAUGGCAUGCAGUGGCUUUUGCUCUAUCAUUUGCAUACAAGGCCCUGACCAAGCCUGAAUACUGGGAACGGAUCCAUGACCCUGUUAGCCGCACAAUUAACGCUGUGCGCUUUUUAUUUGAUGCCCAGCCAACAAAUAGCCAUCGCUGGCAGCCUUUAAUGAGGCUCUACACCCGAGCAGCAAGUCUAUUCGAGACAAUACAAUCUGCAGGUAUUGAGGUACCUCUGCAAAGAAUAGUCUCUACAGAAGAACUUGAAGAUAUGGAACUUCUAUUCAAGUCUGAUUUUGCAAAUUUCCAGUGGGACAAUGUAUUGGAGGGGUUUUGA